GACGAUCGUCGUGCGAUGUUAAUCGGAUUGGCUUUACGGAGGAUGAUUUCUUUUCGAAUAGGAACAUUUCUGGCGUUUGCACUAGUAUUAAUUUACGCAGAGGACGAGGUUAUCAAAUGUCCUGAAGGAGAAUGUGUAAAGCUGCAUCUUUGCCGGGAUGGUGAAAUAAACACAGAUGGCACUAACUUGAUAGAUAUUAGGUUCAAUCCAGAUGAUCCUUGUGAACAUUAUCUGCUAAAAUGUUGUAAGAUCCCGGGAGGAGAAAGCGAGGAAAUAAUGGAACCACCACCGUCAGGAGGUGACAUCAUUCCUGGUCCGUCGCCCAAUGAUAAUUCUCAGACCGUUACGAUAGGAGGAGGCGAUGUUCCGCCCCACGGUCCGCAUGGAGGUGAUGGGCAAGGAAAAGGACCUGAUGGGCAAGGAAAAGGGCCCGAUGGGCAAGGGAAAGGGCCCGAUGAUCAUGGUAAAUAUUAUGGUACUGGUCAACACGGUGGUGGUAGCUUCAGCAGUAGUUUUAGCAAUUCUUACACAUACAGUAGCAGCAAUAAAUAUGAAAGCAAUAUGCAAGGUCAAUAUCAGCAAUGGAUGGGUCAAAACGGGCAAUUGAUGGGAGGAUUGUUUGGUGGAUCAAACUUAGGAUUUGGACAGCCUCCUAUGGGAUCAGCGCAGUAUGGUCAAUAUACGAUGGGAGGGGGGCAAUAUGGGGAAAGUGGAUCAACUGCAGGUGCUUUUUCUGGUUCCAGUACUGGAUAUGGCAGCGGACAAACACAAGGUUCCUACAGUGGUGCUAAUUCUGGCAGCUCUUCAAUCACCAGUGGAGACGGGAAGUUCGUAGGAAGUGGAUCGAGUGCUGGUUCCACAUCAGGUUCCUCAACUGGACAUGGCAGUGGACAAACACAAGGUUCAUUCAGCGGUGCUAAUUCUGGCAGUUCUUCAAUUACCGGUGGAGAUGGAAAGCUUUUAGGAAGUGGAUCAUCUGCUGGUGCUUCCUCGGGUUCAGCCAUUGGACACGGUGGACAAACACAAGGUUCCUUCAGCGGCGCUAAUGAUGGUAGUUCAUCCACUACCGAUGGAAGUGGGAAGUUCGUAGGAAGUGAAUCGAACGUUGGUGCAUCGUCAGGUUCCUUUACUGGGCAUGGACAUGGCAGUGGACAAAACCAAGGUUCGUUUAGUGGAGCCAAUGCUGGAAGUUCCUCGACUACCGUAGGAAAUGGUAAUCUCGUAGGAAGUGGAUCAAGUGCUGGUGCUUCUUCUGGUUCUUCUACUGCUCAUGGUGGCGGACAAGCGCAAGGUUCCUUCAGUGGUGCUAAUGCUGGCAGUUCUUCAACUACUGGGGUAGAUGGAAUGCUUGUAGCAAGUGGAUCAAGUGCCGGUUCUUCUUCCGGAUCCUCUACCGUUCACGUAGGGGGACAAAUGCAAGGGUCCUCCAGUGGUGCUAAUUCGGGCAGUUCCAAUACUACCGGAGGAAAUGGAAAUCUUGUAGCAAGUGGAUCAAAUGCUGGUUCUUCUUCCGGUUCCUCUACAGGACAUGGCAGUGGACAAAGCCAAGGUUCGUUCAGUGGUGCCAAUUCUGGAAGUUCCUCGACCACCGCAGGAAAUGGAAACCACGUAGCAAGUGGAUCAAAUGCUGGUUCUUCUUCCGGUUCCUCUACUGUUCAUGGUGGAUCAAACGCUGGUGCCUUAUCAGGUUCCUCUUCUGGACAUGGUAGUGGACAAAACCAGGGUUCGAUCAGUGGUACUAACUCAGGUAGUUCCUCAACUACCGGUGGAAACGGAAAUCUCUUAGGAAGUGGAUCGAGUGCUGGUGCUUCUUCCGGCCCAUCUACUGGUCUUAGUGGUGGACAAACACAAUUUACCGCAGGAGAUGGAAAGCUCGUAGGAAGUGGGUCAAAUACUGGCUCUUCUUUCGGCUCCUCUACUGGACAAGGUGGCGAACAAACACAAGGUUCCUUGGGUGGUUCUCAUUUGGGAAGUUCCUCAACAUCCGGAGGAGAUGGAAAGCUUGUAGGAAGUGGACCUGGUGUCUCUUCAGAUGGUCAAACACAAGGCUCCUACGGUGGUUCCAAUUUGAGCAGUUCAGGUUCUACCACUACACAUGGUGGUGGUCAGACACAAGGUCCCCUAGGUGGUUCUAAUUUGGGCAGUUCUUCAGCAACCGGAGGAGAUAGAAAGCUCAUAGGAAGUGGACCAGGCGCAGGUGUCUCUUCAGGUUCUUCUACUGUACAUGGUGGUGGUGUUAACACAGGCGGUUCUUCAUCUACUGGUGGAAAACUUGUAGGAAGUGGAUCGAGCGCUGGUGUUUCUUCGGGUUCGCAAGGUCAUGGUGCUGUUAGUGGCCAAACAAGUGGUUCUGGCUCAGGAAUCGUUCCGGGUAGCGUAGCUGGGGGUACACAUACGGGACUCCCGGGGUCUGGCAAUGUAGUAAACUCUGGAAAUUUCCCACAUUAUACAUCAGGUUCGUCGGUCCAACCGAAUGUAAUCGGUGUUACAAAAGAUCAAACAAAAGAUACAUCCAUAGCGGGUUCAGCUGGUGGAAUAAGUCAAGGACAAAGUACUUCCCAGUCGACUGGUCAGGUUGGUCAUGGCCAUCAAGGAGGUGGUUCCUCUGGAACAGGCUAUCAGCACACCCAACAUGCUGGAAAUGCACAUAAUGAACAAUACACUGAAAAACAUUCUUCAGGUUAUGGAUAUAAAUACAAUAAGACUGUUGGUGGUGGUUAUGGUAAUUCACAUAAUAAUGGCGUUACUGUAAAUCCAAUAAUCCCCCCACAUGAUAACGUCGGAUGUGGGGUUCGUCAUUCUGAUGGCGUUGGUUUCCGCAUUACUGGAGACAACGAUGGCGAAUCACAAUAUGGAGAAUUUCCCUGGAUGGUCGCCAUUUUGAAGGAAGAAAAGGCAUUGGAUCAAGUUAUCAACGUUUAUCAGUGCGGUGGGUCGUUAAUCCAUCCACAGGUAGUCUUGACAGCUGCGCAUUGCGUACAAAAUAAGCAACCAGAAUCGAUUAAAGUUCGUCUAGGCGAAUGGGAUACACAAACAACCAAUGAGAUUUAUGAUCACCAGGACCGCAAUGUUGUCGAUAUGGUUGUACAUGACAAAUUCUACAAGGGAGGUUUGUUCAAUGAUGUCGCUCUGCUUUUCCUGGAAAAACCUGCAGAAUUCAUCGAAACUGUUAACACCAUCUGUCUGCCACCCCAGGAUUUCAACUUUGAUAUGAAUCGAUGCUUCGCCUCCGGCUGGGGCAAGGAUGUGUUUGGAAAAGAGGGCAAAUACCAAGUGAUUCUGAAGAAAAUUGAGCUUCCGGUAAUGCCAUUCGCUCAGUGCCAAACAGCGUUGCGAACCACCCGAUUAGGUAAAAGGUUUAUUCUGAACAAGAGUUUCAUCUGUGCCGGUGGAGAAGCAGGUAGAGACACUUGCAAAGGUGAUGGCGGUUCCCCGCUGGUGUGUCCGAUUCCCGGUACCGAAAAUCGCUACUAUCAGGCCGGAAUUGUUGCUUGGGGUAUUGGCUGUGGUGAAACCGGAAUUCCUGGUGUUUAUGUUAACGUGGCUGGUGUCAGGAGUUGGAUCGAUGAACAUUUGACACAACGUAGCAUUCCACACAAUUACUACAUACAUAGACGCCGGGAUCCGUUCCUCCGCAUUCGUGCAGGGCUGCAAGCCACCGGACAGCAAUUCCUUUUGCGACUUGGUUGUGCCAAUGCCAGCUUCAUGUACGGGAGCCGAUGUACGUCCGUCAUUUUUCUCAAAGCCGCAGCCCCUUGGCGUAUCACCUCGACCGGAUGCAUUCCGCAGUUACGGCUGCGAAACUCACGUAGGAAGUUUAUGUACGAGUUGCGGGAUUUUCUUCCGGGUCGGCUCGUUGGGCAUGCGCCGUUUCUUCCACAGUUCAUGCUUGAUGUGGAUCUUGAGAGCACUUGCAACAAAAGGAUGCUUCGUCGUCAUUUGCGAGACAAACUGGAGCGCUGGAAGUUGGUUGUGAUGGAUCUCUCGUUCACACGUUCCAUCCUGUUGGUAGGACUAUCCUUAUCUUUGUUUCUAAGCAGCGCAUAUUCCGCUAAUUCCACGUUGUAUCCAGCUGGUUACGAAAAUAUAGCAUGUCAGCUACCAGGUGAUGAAGGAGGAGUGUGUGUAUUCGCAUAUCUCUGCCCCAAUGGCUUGAUAAAUGUUGAUGGAGUAGGGUUGAUCGAUUUGCGCGUGGGAGAUGCUUGUGAGGAUUACUUUAUGAAGUGUUGCUCAAAAGAAACGUCAUGUGCGGAUGGCAUUGGUCAGUGUGUUCCUGGGACAAAAUGUGGAGUGAAACUCCACACAACACAGUAUCGUCUUUUCAGACAAUCUAAUGAAUGUGAUUCAGAUGAUUAUGUUUGUUGCCCCAAAGAUAAAGUCGGAAAGACUCCCCAGAACAGUUCUGUUCCAACCACAGACCACGAAAUAUGUGACGAGAAGAGCAGCAUUUGUGUACCUGAUGACCAAUGCCUGGUCAACACGGAUGGUGUUGCGAUUAUUGAAGAGAGAAUGGGAGGCUGCAAUACUUUGCAUCAUACGUGUUGCCCAAGGGACAAAAUAAAGAUGCCAACCUCUGAUGCAUGUGGUCUCAUUGGAGGAAAGUGUGUUCCCACUAAAGAUUGUUCGAAUCCAAUUUAUGUAGACAUAAGAGUACAAAGUUGCGAGUCCGGCUUCGUCUGUUGUUCCGAAUCUACCGAUACAUCGAAUGAGAAUUCAAGCUCAACGACUGAGGGGAAGGCAUGUUUCCAAGGACUUGGUCGAUGUGCGAAAUCCUGCGAUGGAACGAAAUACCGCGAUCGUCGAAAUGAAUGUGAAGGUUUAAUUUGCUGUGGGAAAGUCGAUCAACCAAAAAAUACCACAGAAGCGCCCAGAACAGAGGUGCCCAGAACAGAUGCACCUAUUACUGAAUCACCUGUGACAGUAACCGAAUCGUACCUCUGUACCGAUGCCGGAGGACAAUGUACACAGAGAGAAAACUGCGUUCGUUCUUCUAAGAGUGAUUUUGUUCAAUGCAGCGGAAAACAGGAAGUGUGUUGCAUGGAGUUAAAACCUGCGCCUGGUGGAAAUGGCGAUGAUGAGGAUGGGUCAAAACCACCGAAACCUAUCCAACCCGACUAUAUCACGCGAGGAUGUGGCUUUAGAAACGAGGGUGGAAUACGAUUUAAAACUGUUGGUGGUAUCGACGGUGAAUCACAAUACGGUGAAUUCCCAUGGAUGGUUGCACUUUUCUCCACAUCUGAUACGACUAAUAAAUAUAUAUGCGGGGGUACAUUGAUUGAUCCGGAAGUGGUUCUGACGACUGCAAGCUGCGUUAAAGCGUACCGGUCAAGACCUGGAAAACUGAUCGUACGUGCCGGAGAAUGGGACUUGGGAACCACGAAAGAACCUCUGCCGCACGAGGAACGCGGAGUGCGUUUGGUUAGGACACACCCAGCAUUCAAACCAACUUCACUGGUCAAUAAUGUAGCCCUUUUAUUCCUGGAUGAUAAGUUUGAUUUGAAAGAUACAAUCGAUACCGUUUGUCUGCCGCCGCAAGAUUUUACAAUCGACAACGGUUACGUCGUAGCUAUCGGAUGGGGAUCUACACCAAAAAAUCAAGUCAAAUAUCAACAAGUGUUAAAGAGUAUCGAGUUGCUCUUCAACCAGAGGGAGGAAUGUGAAAUAGUUUUGCGGAGAGCCACGGGAAAACCAAGCUUUGCCCUCGAUAAAAGUUUUUUGUGUGCUGGUGGUGAACUAAACGUGGACACCUGCAGAGGGGAUGCUGGAUCUCCGAUUAUGUUCUCGAUUCCAAACGAUUUCGAUUUUCGCAUGUAUGCCGUGGGAAUGGUUUCCUGGGGUGUGGGAUGUGGUCGUCCCGGAAUACCUGCGGCCUAUACUGAUGUCGCGAAAUUCCGGGAUUGGAUCGACAACCAGAUGCGUGAAGUAGGUUUGGAAGUUUACUAUUAUCAGUAUGACUCGCAACCAAGAAAUGAUGACGUAGAUACAAUGUAAAUCAAUUUAUUCUGGCAUAUAUUCGAGGUAAUAAAGAAAAAAAAAAUCUACACUUCUUAUUGUAUUACUAGCUAUUUGACGUGGUUGUUCGUCAAUGAUCGUUCAAUUCAUUAAUUCUUGCAUAAGUCAAUGACGAUAGUAAAUUUCGCGAUAAUGCUGUGACUCGGUUUUAACCAGAAAUAAUUGAUUAUUCUACGGUAUGUUUCAUUUCGUUAGAAUUACUCUUUUUUUUGGAGUUUUCAGAGAUAUUGGAGUUUGGUUGAAUUGAAGUAUUUGAAUAAUAAAAUGAAUACAUACAUUA